GCAGCAGCAGCAGCACAGACGGGCAGUGACGUCACCGGCGCCAUAUUAAAGAUCUGCUGCUGUUUUCUCCGUGUCGCUGUUGCCAUCUUUCUGUUUCCAGCUGGACUCAGAGAGUAGCAAACAUACCUCCACAAUGGAAAUCGACACGCUUCUGGGAGCAUUUAGAGAUUUCGAGAAGAAAGGAGAAAAGGAAACCUGCCCGAUUUUGGAUCAGUUUCUGUUGCAUGUGGCAAAAACGGGAGAGACCAUGAUUCAGUGGUCUCAGUUUAAAGGCUACUUCCUCUUUAAGCUGGAGAAAGUGAUGGAUGAUUUUAAAGCCUCGUGUCCAGAGCAGCGGGGACCUGCCAAUCCAAACGUGGAGUACAUUCCCUUUGAGGAGAUGAAGCAGAGGAUUCUCAAAAUCGUCAGUGGAUACAACGGGAUUCCUUUCACUAUUCAGCGUCUUUGUGAGCUUCUUACUGAGCCGAAAAGAAACUACACAGGAACCGACAAGUUUCUCAGGGGUGUGGAGAAGAAUGUGAUGGUGGUCAGCUGUGUGUGUUCCACCUCCGAGAAAAAAGGGUCCGGUUGUGUGAGCAGAAUGAAUGGUGUCAUGUUCCCUGGCAACACUUCAGCGUUUCCCGAUAGAAAUGUGAAUGGUCCAGGAACACCCAGGCCACUGAACAGACCAAAACUCUCCCUGUCCAGCAGCGUAGCUACCAACGGCCUUCCUGACAGCACAGACAGCAAAGAACAAGCAUCAGAGCAAUCAGACAGAACAGUCAAUGAGACUUCAGAUUCAGAAGCAGAAGGUUCACAUAUUGGUCCAGUGAAGAGUAAACAUCGUGAAGAAGAUGAUGAUGCUACAAACACUGAAAUGCACGAAGCAAAGAGACUUAAGUUUGAAGAAGAGGAUGACAGUGAGGAUGGAAGGGAGAAAGAGCUGGAUGAGAAGCAGUCACCCUGCACAUCGGUGGCGGAGAGCUCUUCAGAUGUAGCGCAGUCCUCAUCAGACAUCACUGCGGAGGCAAAGGAUAAUAAACCUGACGAAUUCGUCACUGAAGACCAAGAACCUUCUAGUACACAGUCAGAGGUCGUGGAAAACAGGGCUGAGAAAUCGGCUUCGGACGAUUCACCCGACCCUUCCCACAAUCAGGUGACUGGCAGUGAAUCAGAUCUAUCAGAGCAGCGGUCGGAGAGGGAAGAGAGCGCCGAGGCUCAGGAAACGGACGAGAGAAAUGACCCAGUCAGCAGUAGCAGCAACAACAGCAGUGACGAGGAAGUGUCCAGUGCAGAGACUCCAUCUGCAAGUCCCAGCAGUUCCACAGAGCUGACGGCAGAGGGCAGCACCACUGCAGAAAUCAGUUCGGACAGCUCAGAGACUGCAGACGACACCAUGGAGCAAGACUGAAGUUCACACGCACAUGAUUGAUUUUUACACUCUACUGUACAAACCCCCAAAAAUCACUUAUCCUGCUAAUUUAGCAGAUCCUUUAUAGACCAGGAGAGGAGGGUGAUAUCCCCAAAGACCUCUCAUGACCCAUCUAUUCCUUAUGACCCUUCUUAAGGCAUCUUCUCCUCAUAUGGGCUCUUCUCCUAAGAACAACUAAAACAACUGGAAGUUCAUCUUUCUUGUGGUUUAGCAGAGCGUUUGCUAUUGAAUAACUCGAAAGCUUUGUGUCUUUGGCGGUUUUCUGUAAUCCUGUUCUAAAUCAUGGGCGUUCACGAACACGUUCUAAAGCUAUCGGGUACAACACCUUUCAUUUCACGUCAGUCUCUCUCCUGCUGUACUGAGAGUGAACACGUGGCAAAUCUUUGGUUUUUGUGAAUGUGUGCAUAUGUUUGUUGGGGUGAGGGGUGUGUGUUCAGUAUUCCCGCUGGCCGGCAGACCAGUGUCUAAACAUUCCAGAAGAACACCCCUUUCCUCUCAUAUUGCCUUUUGCAAUCAUCUGCUGGCUUGUGGCACAAAGUGCUCAAUAUCAGCAUUAGACCGAUUUCCUUUCUUUGCUAUUUUUUUCUUUUAUUCUUAGGGUCCUUUGAUUUUAACUGGCUUCCCAGCAAAGCACUGACACGUAUUAAACCACUGAUGCUGAUAAAUAGAUUCUAAAAUGGACUUAAUGUGAUUUUCCAUACACUAGAUACUCGAGUGCUGUUGGUUGCAAUGUGUAACUUAAUAUAGUGAGCCUGUCUUUUCAACUGACAUAAUAUACUUAACCACUGUUUGAGUCAUCCUUAUUUGUUAUAAGAUUUUCAUUUUGUUUUAUCAGACAAUGGCAAGCUGUUGUAUAAAGGUUAAAAUGAGCAACACUCUCAACACCAACAUCUCUUAAACUGUACUUUUCAUGCUUCCUACGGACAGGAAUCCAGGCUGUUCAACCCAUACCUAUUUCCACAGCUCCUUUUUGAUAUGUCAAAUUUUUAAAUUAGAUUUUGUAGAUAAUAAGUGUUCACUGCUUUUGUGAAAAGUGAAAUUGUGUGAUCUCAAUGUGAACUGAAUGCUUGGGGCUUUCGACAGUAUUCCUGAAGAGCAAUAAAUGUUCACAAUAAAAGCA